ACCACAGCGGCUCUCGCUUUUGCCUGCGCUGUUGCAAAGGGUGAGGAAAAGAAACUCAUCUGGGGGUCCGAUAGGGAAGUGCCGUCUUUGACAUCUCUCUUUGCAUUAAAUGAGUGUAGAAUGUUUUGGAAUUAGAAUAACAAGAAGCAAACGCAGCGCACAGAAAACAAUCUUUAAAUAUGUUACCUUGCGUAUUGAACAAUUAGCUACAUAAAGGUAACCGGCAAACAAAUCAUAGCGAGAAUGAAACGAAACCCGAAAUUUGUGUAGCCUAAAUACGAUAGCCUCGAUGUCCUGCUUUUGAAAGUGCCAUGGGGAGAAGCUGCGAUCAAAGCUCUUCAAAACGAAUGUAACAUUAAUGAUGAAAGAUCUUUUAAAAAAAUCUCACUUGACGCAGAUUUUUGUUUGAGUGUGUCUUCAGUCUACAAUCUAGCAAGCUAAUCGUGAAGCUUCGGAAAGGGGCUGGCGUCUGCGGCUUCUGCUUGCAAGUGAGACUGGGCACGCAUUACCCACCCAUAGCCUAGUGCACAAGGGUACGCAAUGGCGGGUCCCGAACAGACACAACAGGAGGUCGAGGCAAGAGGGGAGCGGAUAGACGAUGCGGAGCUGGCUCUCCAGGGCAUAAACAUGCUACUCAACAACGGGUUCAGGGAGAGCGACGAAUUGUUCAGGAAAUACAGGAACUACAGCCCGCUGAUGAGUUUCGGAGCCAGCUUUGUCAGCUUCCUAAACGCCAUGAUGACCUUUGAGGAGGAGAAGAUGCAGACCGCCUGCGAGGACCUGCGGGCCACGGAGAAGCUUUGUGAGAGCGACAACGCUGGGGUCAUCGAGACCAUCAAGAACAAGAUCAAAAAGAACGUGGACUCCCCGAGGCCUGGCGUGACAGUUGUGGAUCGCCUGCAGAGACAGAUCAUCGUAGCGGACUGUCAGGUAUACCUGGCCGUGCUCUCCUUCGUCAAGCAGGAGCUCUCAGCGUACAUCAAAGGCGGCUGGAUCCUGCGCAAGGCUUGGAAGAUGUAUAACAAGUGCCACAGCGAUAUCGUCCUGCUGCAGGAGGCGUACCAGAGGCGGGCUUCCCAAGAAGCUCCGCCUCCUGGCCCCGUGAAUGACAACGCAUCCCCGAGGGAGGAGGUGACGGCCGAGGCCCUAGGACGCCUCAAGGGCUCGGUCAGCUUCGGCUACGGCCUCUUCCACCUGUGCAUCUCCAUGGUGCCGCCGCACCUGCUGAAGAUAAUUAACCUGCUGGGUUUCCCCGGCGACCGGCACGAAGGUCUCUCCUCCCUCACGUAUGCCAGUGAAAGCAAGGACAUGAAGGCCCCCCUAGCUACGCUGGCCCUGCUGUGGUACCACACGGUGGUUCUCCCCUUCUUUGCGCUGGAUGGCUCUGACACACAGGGAGGUCUGCUGGAGGCCAAAUCCAUCCUGCAGAGAAAGGAGGCAGAGUACCCGCACUCGUCCCUCUUCAUGUUCUUCAAAGGCAGGAUCCAGAGGUUAGAGUGCCAGAUCAAUAGUGCCUUGACUUCUUUCCAUGAUGCAUUGGAACUUGCUACUGAUCAAAGAGAAAUCCAGCAUGUGUGCCUCUAUGAAAUCGGGUGGUGCAGCAUGAUUGAAAUGAACUUCGAAGAUGCGUACAAGUCCUUUGAGAGACUAAAGGACGAGUCACGGUGGUCCCAGUGCUACUAUGCCUACCUGACCGGAGUGUGCCAGGGAGCCACAGGAGACCUGGAUGGGGCGAAGACCAUCUUCAAAGACGUCCAAAAGCUCUUCAAGAGGAAGAACAACCAGAUUGAACAGUUCUCUCUGAAGAAGGCAGAGAGAUUACGGAAGACUUCUCCCACAGUGGAGCUGUGUACACUGGCUGCCAUUGAGGUUCUGUACCUGUGGAAGGCUUUGCCCAACUGCUCCAUCUCCAAACUGCAGCUCAUGAGCCAAGGUGACUUCACUGAUCCUCACCACAUACUAUGGGGGGCCCCCAGAAAGAGCUGUACCACAUUUAUUUGUGUCAUUCUGUGGCUUUAGUA